AUGGCCCCCAAAAAAACUCUCAAAGCAAUUGUAGAAAGAGAGAGGGUUCCAAUUAAUAAGAGUAAUGGAGGGUCAAUAGUUUCUAAUAUUACUACAACACCUAAAAAGCCUGCUGCAAAACCUCCGCCAGCAAAAACUGUUGACAACUGGUGGGGUAUUCUUGAACCAAUGGAAUCGGGUCUUUCAAGAAUAUAUUUGUGCGAAAAUUCACAUUUAUUAGGAAGAUAUAACGAAUACCCUACAUCCUCUUCGUUCAGAUCUUUACCAAUGGAUGUUAGGAUCGCGCCUGAACAUUGUAAUAUUUACAAGAUGAAUAUUGGGGAUAACGGUAAUUAUCGUACGGCUGUAUAUCUCAAUAACCUAAGUAAUGAAGGCACAGUGGUUCGUAAUAUAUUUGUGACUGCCGAAAUCGAAAUUAUGGCAAACGAUGAUAUAUUCUUUCCGUCAUCAAAGGUCGGUGGUAAUGGAUGGUAUCGAUUUUCUCCAUCAGGGUUUUUUGGGAAGUACUCAGAAAUUGCUCACCUAGGUAGCGGCAAAUUUGCACAAGUCAAACUAGUUACUAAUAGACAUGGACCUAGACAAGAGGAGUAUGCAGUCAAAAUUAUUGACAAAGGUUUGGUAUCGAAAAAACAAUUGAAGUCUUUAAAAAGUGAAAUCAAUAUAAUGAAUAGAUGCAAUCAUCACGCGUUGACCAAACUAUAUGAUAUUUAUGAAGAAGGAGAUAAAUUAUAUCUUUUAAUGGAAUAUGUCAAAGACGGCGACUUUUUUGAUUUUAUUACUAAAAGGAGAUUAACCGAAGAUACCACCCGCAUUAUAUUUUUGCAACUAUUUCAGGCAAUCCAGUACCUCCAUUCUGUCCGUAUCGUGCACCGAGAUUUAAAACCCGAAAAUAUUCUAAUGGCAGAUGCAUCACAAUAUCGUGUAAAAGUCUCUGAUUUCGGUUUAUCCAAACUCCUUAACGCUAAAUAUUCAUUGAUGAAUACGAUUUGUGGAACCCCCACAUAUGUUGCACCGGAAAUUAUAAACCCAAAUACACAUGUCUAUGGAAAAUCUGCUGACAUGUGGAGUUUAGGAGUUAUAUUAUAUAUUUGUUUAUGCAGUUAUCCGCCAUUCAGUGAUCAACUAGCUCCGCCUGGUAUUCUUGAUCAAAUUCGUACAUGCAAAUAUUCUUUUCGAUCUCAUCAUUGGGAUCACAUUUCACUUGAUGCAAAAAACCUUGUUCAAGGCCUAUUGACGCUUGAACCAGAAUCACGUUUGACCGUUGAAGAAGCUUUAAAUCAUCCGUUUAUGAGGAGAUCAACAUCAAUUAUUCCCAGACCGUUACAAACAACCGAACCAGUUUCUCUUACGAGAGUACAUAAUCAGUCAAGUUCAAAUGUUGAAAUUUUUCAAAUUAUAAAUGACGGAACAUCAGAAUUAACUACUGGUCUCGAAGAAGAUGAAACAUUCUUAACAGCAGCGUCUACAAUUGCUUCAGCUAGUGAAUUAUCUGACUUUAAUGGUCUUUCUAUGUGCAGUGAUAUGAGGGGAGAUUCGAAUUAUGAAUCAGCAUUGCAGUUUGAGAUCUGA